GCCGCCGGGGACCAUGGUGUUGGACCAAGAGGACGGGGUGUUUUCAAGUCUCCUGGACCAGCCCAGGGAGAGCAAAUAGCGUGAGUGUUCCCUAAGGAAGGGAGAGGUGUGCCGAUGCUCUCCGUCCAGCCCAAAGGGAAGCAGAAGGGCUGCGCGGGCUGCAACCGCAAGAUCAAGGACCGCUACCUGCUGAAGGCGCUGGACCAGUACUGGCACGAGGACUGCCUCAAGUGCGCCUGCUGCGACUGCCGCCUGGGCGAGGUGGGCUCCACGCUCUACACCAAGGCCAACCUCAUCCUGUGCCGGCGCGACUACCUGAGGCUCUUCGGCACCACAGGAAACUGCGCCGCCUGCAGCAAGCUGAUUCCAGCCUUUGAGAUGGUGAUGCGGGCCCGGGACAACGUCUAUCACCUCGACUGCUUUGCCUGCCAGCUCUGCAACCAGAGAUUUUGUGUGGGAGACAAAUUCUUCCUGAAGAACAACAUGAUCUUGUGUCAGAUGGACUAUGAGGAGGGGCAGCUCAACGGCACCUUUGACUCCCACGUUCAGUAACGCCCGGCACCUGGCCUCCAGGCCCGUCUGUCUGUCCAUCCACCCGCCUGUCCACCUGCCUGGCCGGCCAGCCGCUCUCCUGCCGAUCAGAACUCCUCCGUCCUCGAUGGGAGGAACGGCCCUCCCUCCGCCGCUGCCCGUCUGUGUGUGACCCCUCCUGGGGCCAGGCUGGGCCUGUACAGUCUGUCUUCUGUAUAUAAAUGGGAACAUUUAUUUUAUGAGAAAUGUAAUGCGAUU